GUAGUUCUCUUCAGUCAUGGCGAGAAUACGAAAGCCACUCUCUGAACUUCUUUUUAUUAGCGGCGUAUAAUCGAGAUUUUUUUUGAUAGGCAAUAAGAUCGCUCUCCGAAAAUGGAAGUCCGGCGAUUACUUACAGAAACAUUUUGUGGCAUCUCAGCAAUACAGUGUUUUAUUUACCUAAUUCAGGAUUCUAGUUAACUCGAGGCAUUGACAUUACUGUCAGCAUUGUUAAUUUGUUCGUAGUGAUUGUGAGUUUUUGUGGCCGAUAUGAGAAGAAGAGGGUUUUCCAGUAGUGCAUACAAAGUGUCAGUCGCGGCGAGAAUGUGGGGCCGAGCGCAACUGCUCGUGCUGCUGGUCGCCGCUCUGACGACGACGUCCACCCGGGGGGCGAAUCAGGACAACGAAGAGAGCCAGCUAAAAGUCGGAAGGUCCAUAGACAUCUUCACGAGAUAUGGAUAUCUCAGUCUUUCGAUGAAGGUAUUGUCAAGGAACGAAUCGGACUGGAUCUUCCGCGAGCCCACCAUCAACAUCUUCACCGACUUAGACCGGUUCGCCACUCACCCGGAGCGCGUCGGCAAGAAGCAAAGGCGCGUCUUCAACGGCGAUUUCCAUAUGGAGUUCUGCGACAACGCACGCCAGCUGCUCCAGGCUUACUUCCGAGACUUCACCUUCGAACGAUUGGACAAACCUUGGAGGGCGUUCACCUCCUCGUGGUUGCCGGAGACACUAGCCAGGAAUCUGGGCAUCAAUGCCUCCUUCGUGCACAAAGAGCACUGUUACGUGUUAGUGCGUUUGUCGAGGUUUCGCGACGUGGUCAAGCUCGACAGGAUACCGAACAAUAUAAAUCUGGUGGACGACGUGGCCAGAGAGAUCGACAAGAUUCGCAUAGGUGACGUGGAGAGUGUGCUAGUAUUCAUUAGGAAGUACGGAUCUCAUUAUAUUCAUUCGUAUGUUACGGGGAAUUCUCUGUAUCAGGUGUUCGUUUUCAACAAAACCAACUAUAGACAAAUAAAAGAGAGGCUAAAAAAGCAAGGCAUCUCGCACAUAAGCAAUUUGGAGUUGUCGCAGUACUUCAGCCCGUGGUACGCCGAGCAUAUGGGUACCAUCAAAGUAGCAAGCGGAAACAGGUCAGUGGCGAACUGGACCUCUUUCAAAUUAAGGAACAACUAUUAUAUUUUCACGUAUCCUUCCCUGCUAAAAAUUCAUGGUGAUCCAAAGUUACUAGCAAGACUAAACAACAUGCUAGGAAAUGAAGCAAUUUUGGAAAUGAACAUGAAGACCCUGGCUCCAGCAUUCAAGGAUCCAGUGAAAAAAAUGUGGUUUGAAGAAGUUCUAGAUAAUUAUUUAAAACUGUGGGAGAGUAAUUUAUAGUGUCAAGUUCCAAGUUGCUGGUUAUAGGCAUCGAAUAAGGGGGGAUAGAUUAUAUCAAGUGUGUUUUGCAGGAAACUGACAUUUCCUUUCCCCAAAUGAUGAAAUUUGUGAAUUUAACGAGAUAAAGGUCAAGCAAUGCGAAUCAGCAAUCAUGAAAUGUCGUAGGGAUUGGCAAAUCACGUUCAUACAUUUAUCUGACAAGUGAAAAAGUACACGAAAACAAACCUUCAGUACAUGUUAUAUAUAAAUGUUAAUUCUACUCUCCAAAGGUAAACGUGAGAAGAUGUCUCACGUUUUUUAAAUUGAAAUUCAUUUUCAAAUGGCAAAGUUCUUUUUGAUAAAAUUUCAGUAUCAUGUACCUAUUAUUAUUUGAACAUACGAUAUUUUACUCAAUCUAAAAAGGUGCUUCUUGAAUUAUGAAAAUGAACUGAAGCUGUUUUUUGAUAUUAUGGGAAAUACUUGUUCUUGUAAUGGUGGAUGGGCAUUUAACUUAGAUCACAUUUUAAAUCAAAAAGGUUAUGUUUUGGAUUGUAAAGUUAACACCAGAUUCAUCCUGUACUCAUAGUUGAGACAAAAGUUCAAAUGUGAUAAGGUACACAUACAUCAACGAAGUCUAUAGCCAGUUUCCAUAGUUACAUACUUUUACGGAGUUGCAUGUACACUUCAACUUCCGAUUGAAAUGUGAUAAAAUAUGUGUAGUGAUAGUAUAUGUCAUUAUUAGUAAUAAUAUACAAACGAAACCAGUGACAUUUUGUAUAAAGUGAAAACCUCAGGACUAGUUUUACAAAAACUAUGAAGCGAGUUUGUACCAAACUUUUACUAUGUAUUUACAAUAAAGAAUGAAGAUUGA